AUGACUCCGGCGGCCAUCUUCUCCAGCAGUCCAGUUAUGGACACCCUCGCACAACUUCACGAUCCUGCCAUAGUGGUAUGGAUCACUGCAGUCGCAUCUGCAGCUGUGUUCAUCCCUCUGCUUCUCCUCUGGUUUCGCCCAAACCUCAGCAAACUCAGGAGCUGGCUUCAAUUCGCCACAAACCCCUCGACUACAAGCAAGGCCAAGGCUCCCUCUACAGAGAGCAGCAACGACAGCGACAGUGGUUACGCUGGCAGCGAGCCUGAAACCAAUAGCGAAGACGGCGAUUCACCAGACACAGCAGAAACUCCACAAUGCGGCGGUAUCCUCGACGAAGAAGACGAAUCGGAUGAGAACUGCGAUCUGCACCGCGCGAUCCGCCUUUGCCAGCAAUCAGCGACUCCCAAGCGCGCACCGCCCAGUCCGUACAGCCGGGACUUCGAAGUUUUCAGUAGCUUCCUCACAGCGACAGAGGAGAAGGCGAAGCGGUAUCGGGACGCCAGAUGA